AUGUCGCACGACCAGGAGUACAAGGACACGGAUGCGACCGUCGUCAGUGAUAACUCGAGCCAAGUCCACCUCACCGGAGAGAAGAGCCCUGGUGUCGCACGCAUUGAGGCACUGUCCGCUCAUCUGACGACCUUCGAUCGUAUCUUCUUGUUCAUCGGUGUCUUCCUCAUUGCUUAUGCGUACUCUCUUGACGGGACUCUGCGAUACACCUAUCAGCCGUACGCGCUCGCUGGCUAUGAGCUCCAUUCGUUGCUCGCUACCGUCAAUGUCGUCAGAACAGUCAUCGCUGCCGCUGCUCAGCCAACAGCAGCGAAGAUUGCAGACGUCUUCGGUCGUGUUGAGCUGAUCCUCGUCUCCAUUUUCUUCUAUGUGAUCGGCACGAUUGUGGAAGCAACAGCCAACGGCGUGGGAGCAUUCUGCGCCGGAGCCAUCCUCUACCAGAUUGGCUACACCUGUGUGAUCCUCCUUGUCGAGGUCAUCAUUGCCGACAUCACAUCUCUGCGCUCCCGUCUCUUCUUCUCCUACAUCCCCGCUACGCCCUUCCUCAUCAACACCUGGGUCAGCGGCGAUGUUGGCUCAGCUGUCCUCGGCGCCACGACCUGGAGAUGGGGCAUCGGCAUGUGGUGCAUUAUCUAUCCAGUCUGCGCUCUCCCACUCAUGCUCGCCCUCUUCCUCGCACACCGGAGAGCCAAGAAGAGCGCCAAUCUUGCCGACUACAAAAGCCCGUAUCAGAUGCUUGGCCUCAAGCGUCUGACUGUGGCACUCUUCUGGCAGCUCGAUGUCGUUGGAAUCAUCCUCCUGAUCGCCGUUUUUGGGCUUAUUUUAGUACCCUUUACGCUCGCCGGCGGUGUUACAUCCCAAUGGCGCAGCGCUCAUGUCAUCGCACCGCUUGUUGUCGGCAUCAUCUGCGUCCCGGCCUUCAUCUUCUGGGAGCGGUGGUGCCCACACCCUCUCGUCCCCUUCCGCCUUCUCACCGACCGCGCCGUCUGGGGUGCGCUCGGCAUAGCGAUGAUGCUAAAUACCGCAUGGUAUCUCCAGGGUGACUACCUCUAUACUGUCCUUGUCGUCGCCUUCAACGAGUCCAUCAAAUCCGCCACCCGCAUUACUUCGCUCUACUCCUUCGUCUCUGUGAUCACUGGCGUCUUCGUCGGCAUCACCGUACGCUUUGUGCGCAGGCUCAAGCCCUUCAUCGUCUUCGGCACCUGCCUAUUCAUGGUAGCGUUCGGGUUACUGAUCCGCUACCGUGGUGGCAGCGACCGCCAGGCCCACUCCGGUAUCAUUGGCGCGCAGGUUCUGCUAGGUAUUGCCGGCGGUCUUUUCCCAUAUACCGCUCAAGCCUCGAUCCAGGCCGCAACAAAGCAUGAACACGUUGCUGUUAUCACCGGUCUUUAUCUCGCAUCCUACCAAAUUGGCUCCGCGCUCGGCAACACCAUCUCGGGCGCAAUUUGGACUCAAGUUCUUCCCGGCGAGCUCGAGACCCGCCUCGCUCCGUUCGGUAACGCGACCGCCGCCACAGCGGCUUAUGGCAACCCCUUCGGUUACAUCGUGGAGUGGCCGGUUGGCACGCCCGAGCGGCAGGCGGUGGUGGAUGCGUACAGGCAUGCACAGCGGCUGCUGUGCAUCACGGGUAUCUGUCUGUGCGUGCCGCUGAUUGGCUUUGCGCUGGUGCUCAGGAAUCCGAAGUUGGGCAAGGAGCAGAGCUUGCCGGAUGCGGAGAAGAGGAUUGAGGGUGAGGCAUUCGUGGGUGCGGAGAAGAAGUGGUGGCAGAAGAUCUUCUAG